AUGUGGGAACGCAGCCAUGCACGGCCCCAAAGGCCUUUCAGGACACUGCACAGCAUAGAAGAAGAGGUGGCAACAUCCACAGUGCCCCCAAGGCGCCUGCCAGAGGAGCAGAGCCGCGUGUGCACCCCUUCCCAAGGGUCCUGUGUCUUCUUGGUGAUUGCCUUACUGCCAGCCCGGGACCGUGAGCCGAACACCAGCCACCGCGUGGGUCACGUCGCAGCAGCAGCUAUAACGUUCCGUAAAGAGCGCGGACGCAGCGCCGCGCUGAAUUUAGUCCCUCUGGAGACACCGUCCGGGCGCCCGCCUUGCUCAAAUCACAUGACCGAAUCUUUCAUUGAGGCAGGAAGCGUUUUGCUGUGGGGUCUAGCACUGGGGCCGAUAGCGGGCGGGAUGGAAGCGACUUUGGAGCAGCAUUUGGAGGACACAAUGAAGAAUCCAUCCAUUGUUGGAGUCCUGUGCACAGAUUCACAAGGACUUAAUCUGGGCUGUCGUGGUACCCUGUCAGAUGAGCAUGCUGGAGUGAUAUCUGUUCUAGCCCAGCAAGCAGCUAAGCUAACCUCUGACCCCACUGAUAUUCCUGUGGUCUGUUUAGAAUCAGAUAAUGGGAACAUUAUGAUCCAGAAACACGAUGGCAUCACAGUGGCAGUGCACAAAAUGGCCUCCUGACACCUCCCGUCACUUCUCCGGCAGCCUGCCUAGGGAUUCAGGCCUCCUGUGUCCGUUCACUUGUGUGGCUGGGAAAGGUCCAGAAGUUAGGCCCUUCACCUAAAUGUGGACUUUGUUAUCCAUGUGACAGCCAGUUACAAGAUGUUAGUGGAAAGGAUUGCAGGUGUUUUGUUUGGGCUUUUGUCAUUUUGCUCUUUGGAGACAGUCACUGCAGUCCAGUAUUGCAGGCCCUCAUUGCUUAGAACUGUGUAGCCCAGGCUGACCUCCAACUCACGGACUUCCUGCUUCCUACUCCUGCAUCCUGUAUCGGCAUUUGUCACCAAGGUCCAGGUCACUUUGUAUAUAGAACUUCGUUGUGGUCAAUAAAUCCAUUUAGAGGAAA